UUCUCUCACAAGAAAAGGAAAAAAGAAAACAAACUAACUAACGCCCGGAUCUUCACGUGUAUUCUUUUGCUUCUUCUUCUUCCUUUUUCCUUCUCUGUUUCUUGAACAAAAAAAUUAUCACCGUCUCGUAUAAUCUUUGACGGUGGUGUUUUUAUAUGUUGAGUACAUGUAUAUAUAGAGUGGGUGAUAAUAUAUAGAUAAAGAACUAGAGAAGUUUUUUAAAAAAAACUGUUAGAAAUGGAAGGAAAGAAGCAGCAACAGCAGCAAUUGGGUUCGUCUUCUUCGUUUACUUCGGAACUGUUUGGUUCUCGAGAUUGUUCUUCGUCUUCUUCGUAUUCUUCUGGGAUUUUCGGGUCUAUUUUUGCACCGCCUUCUAAGGUGUUGGGGAGAGGUUCACUGCGAUCCGACGGUAUUGGGAAGAAGCAUGAUUCUGCUAAUGAGCUUUGGAACACCAAACUUGGACCUCAAGCUGAAAGUAUAAGAACCAACGAGGGUGAAGGUCAGAAUGUUCAAGGUAGAGAUACAAAUUCCUUUUAUCAGGAUCAAAAAAUGCAACCAUGCCAUCUCAGCUCAUCGAUCUAUUAUGGUGGUCAAGACAUUUAUCACCCCAGAAGUAGCCAGAGUUCUAGUCACCCGGUGUUGAAGAAAGAUGGGACAGAAGAUGAUUCUGGAAGUGCUUCAAGAGGAAACUGGUGGCAGGGAUCUCUUUAUUAUUAAGAUCUCGCCCGCCAUGGCACAUACUCAGCUAGGUAAAUAGAAAACAUAGGGCCGUAGUAAAACCUAAAUUUACCUUAUGUUAUAUGUAAGACGCGUAGUAGCGGGUCGGAUGGCAGUUCAUGGCUGGUUAUUGUUGUUUCUCCAGCUAAAGAUACAUUUCCUUCUGCCCACUUUUUUUGCAUUAUUUAUGUAUAUACUACAGUGUAAAGAAUAAUGAACCUUUUUUUUGUAAUAUAAAUAUAUUGGUUUUAGGAACACCAUUAUGCAACUCACCAUUUUCUUGUACUGUAAUCUGCAUCUGGUGAUGGAUUUCUUGAA